GGGGGCCCGAGCCUUCUGGUUCAACGUGGGUCAAUUUUUUGUGAAUGAGGAGGGAGGUUGUGGGGCUGCCGUCGCCGCCGUGGUGGGGAGCGAGCCAGUGCCCGAACGCCCCAGCCCCACCACCGCCACCGCCUCCGCCUCCGCAGCCCAGCCCGGCCCGCUCCGAGCCCCGAGCCAGGAGCCCGGAGCUGCCGCCGCCGCCGCUCCGAGCGCCGCCCCGGGCCCGGCCCGCCCGGGGAGAUGCGGCCCCAGAGGGAGGCGAUGCCCGAGCCGCGGCCGCCGCCCCGGAGCCCGCCCCGGUCCCGAUUCUGAAAGCCUGCUGAGAUCCGUGGCUGCUCCUUCAGCUGCUUCUGCUUGCUCAGUCAUGCCUGUGUGACUCGGACAUGGCCUAGCCCCUCCCGCCUGUCUGUGCGUGUGUGAUGGUGGGACAUUGGCUCUCUUGGGAGCUGCUGCCGCUGUGGGCUCUGUGACCUGUUCUGAAUUAUCUACCGGACUUGCCCCCGCUCGCAAUGAGCUCCCAAACCCAUCCAGAUGGACUUUCUGGCCGAGACCAGCCAGUCGAACUGCUGAACCCAGCAAGAGUGAACCACAUGCCUAGUCCAGCGGACGUGAGCCCAGCACUGCCCCUCCAAGUGGCGCCCUCCGCUGUGCCCAUGGACCUCCGCCUGGACCACCAGUUUUCCCUGCCGGUGACGGAGCCCACGCUCCGCGAGCAGCAGCUGCAGCAGGAGCUGCUGGCCCUGAAGCAGAAGCAGCAGAUACAGCGGCAGAUCCUCAUUGCCGAGUUCCAGCGGCAGCACGAGCAGCUCUCGCGGCAGCACGAGGCCCAGCUCCACGAGCACAUCAAGCAGCAGCAGGAGAUGCUGGCGAUGAAGCAUCAGCAGGAGCUCCUGGAGCACCAGCGGAAGCUCGAGCAGCACCGCCAGGAGCAGGAGCUGGAGAAGCAGCAUCGUGAGCAGAAGCUGCAGCAGCUGAAGAACAAGGAGAAGGGCAAAGAGAGUGCCGUGGCCAGCACCGAAGUCAAGAUGAAGCUUCAGGAGUUUGUCCUCAACAAGAAGAAGGCCCUGGCGCAUCGCAGUCUGAACCACUGCAUCUCCAGUGACCCUCGCUACUGGUAUGGGAAAACUCAGCACAGCUCCCUGGACCAGAGCUCCCCGCCCCAAAGUGGGGGCCCGGCAGCCUACAAUCACCCUGUGCUGGGGAUGUAUGACUCCAAAGACGACUUUCCUCUUAGAAAAACAGCAUCUGAACCCAAUCUGAAAUUACGAUCCAGGCUAAAGCAGAAAGUGGCCGAGAGACGGAGCAGCCCCCUCUUGCGCAGGAAAGAUGGCCCAGUGGUGACCGCUCUUAAAAAGCGUCCAUUGGAUGUCACAGACUCCGCGUGCAGCAGCGCCCCCGGAUCAGGACCCAGCUCCCCCAACAACAGCUCCAACAACGUCAGUGCCGAGAACGGGCUCGCCGCCUCAGUCGCCAGCCUCCAGGCAGAGACCAACCUGGCUCAUCGACUGGUGACCCGCGAAGGCUCCGUGACGCAGCUGCCCCUCUACACGUCGCCCUCCCUGCCCAAUAUCACACUAGGCCUGCCUGCCACCGGCCCUUCGAGCGGGGCAUCUGGACAGCAGGAGGCCGAGCGGCUCGCGAUCCCGGCCCUCCAGCAGCGCAUCUCCCUCUUCCCUGGCACCCACCUCACUCCCUACUUGAGCACUACGGCUGCCACGCUGGACAGGGAUGGGACCAGCACGCACAACCCUCUUCUGCAACACAUGGUGCUCCUGGAGCAGCCGGCGGCCCAGGCGCCCUUAGUCACAGGCCUGGGGGCGCUGCCCCUCCACGCACAGUCCCUGGUGGGCGCAGACCGGCUGUCCCCCUCGAUCCACAAGCUGCGGCAGCACCGGCCCUUGGGGCGCACGCAGUCGGCCCCCCUGCCCCAGAACACACAGGCCCUGCAGCACCUCGUCAUCCAGCAGCAGCACCAGCAGUUCCUGGAGAAACACAAGCAGCAGUUCCAGCAGCAGCAGAUGCACCUGAACAAGAUGCUCCCAAAGCCCGCUGAGCCGGCCCGCCAGCAUGAGAGCCACCCAGAGGAGACGGAGGAGGAGCUGCGGGAGCACCAGGCCCUGCUGGAGGAGCCGUACCCCGAGCGGCUGCCCGGCCACAAGGAGGCCGUGCAGGUCAAGCAGGAGCCCAUCGAGAGCGAUGGCGAGGACGCCGAGGCGCCAGCCCACGAGGCCGAGCCUGGCCAGCGGCAGGCAGAGCAGGAGCUGCUCUUCCGCCAGCAAGCCCUUCUGCUUGAACAGCAGCGCAUCCAUCAGCUGAGAAACUACCAGGCCUCGAUGGAGGCCGCGGGCAUCCCCGUCUCCUUUGGCGGCCACCGGCCCCUGUCCCGAGCACAGUCGUCCCCCGCGUCGGCCACUUUCCCCAUGUCUGUGCAGGAGCCCCCCGCGAAGCCAAGAUUCACGACAGGCCUUGUGUACGACACCCUGAUGCUCAAACACCAGUGCACCUGUGGAAACACUAACAGCCACCCUGAGCAUGCUGGCCGCAUCCAGAGCAUCUGGUCCCGGCUGCAGGAGACCGGCCUGCGUGGCAAGUGCGAGUGCAUUCGGGGACGGAAGGCCACGCUGGAGGAGCUGCAGACAGUCCACUCGGAGGCCCACGCCCUGCUGUACGGCACCAACCCCCUGAACAGACAGAAAUUGGACAGUAAGAAACUUCUAGGUUCCUUAACGUCCAUGUUCGUCAGGCUCCCUUGUGGCGGCGUUGGCGUGGACAGUGACACCAUCUGGAAUGAGGUGCAUUCCUCCGGAGCUGCCCGCCUGGCUGUGGGCUGCGUGGUGGAGCUGGUCUUCAAGGUGGCCACCGGAGAGCUGAAGAAUGGCUUUGCUGUCGUCCGGCCCCCCGGCCACCACGCAGAGGAGAGCACCCCCAUGGGGUUCUGCUACUUUAACUCUGUGGCGAUCGCUGCCAAGCUGCUCCAGCAGAGGCUGAAUGUGAACAAGAUCCUCAUUGUGGACUGGGAUGUGCAUCACGGCAAUGGUACCCAGCAGGCCUUCUAUAGUGACCCCAGCGUGCUGUACAUCUCACUGCAUCGCUAUGACGAUGGCAACUUCUUCCCUGGCAGUGGAGCCCCUGACGAGGUUGGCACAGGACCUGGGGUCGGCUUCAAUGUGAACAUGGCGUUUACUGGUGGCUUGGACCCACCCAUGGGAGAUACAGAAUAUCUGACUGCCUUCAGGACGGUCGUCAUGCCAGUGGCUAACGAAUUCGCCCCAGAUGUCGUGCUGGUUUCAUCUGGUUUCGAUGCUGUGGAAGGCCACCCUACACCUCUCGGAGGCUAUAACCUGUCAGCAAAGUGUUUCGGGUACCUUACGAAGCAGCUCAUGGGACUGGCCGGCGGCCGCAUCGUCCUGGCCCUGGAAGGAGGCCACGACCUGACAGCCAUUUGCGAUGCUUCGGAAGCAUGUGUUUCUGCUUUGCUGGGAAAUGAGCUUUGGGCCCGCUUCCCUUCCUGCUGGUGUGUGAACACGGCCAGUUCAUUUUGGAGAGUCAGCAUUCCUGCCCCUGGAGCUGCUGGGACUUCCUUCUUAUCAGAGCUCGAUCCCCUCCCGGACAAGGUCCUGCAACAAAGGUCCAAUGCCAAUGCAAUCCACUCUAUGGAAAAAGUCAUCGAAACCCACAGCAAGUACUGGCGCUCUCUGCAGCGCUUUUCCUCCACGGUGGGCUAUUCCCUCCUCGAGGCUCAGAAAUGUGAGAAUGAAGAGGCAGAGACCGUCACCGCCCUGGCCUCGCUGUCUGUGGGGGUCAAGCACAUCGAGAAGAGGUCAGAUGACGAGCCCAUGGAAGAGGAGCCCCCCCUGUAACACCCAGCCCGACUCUGCUGGUCUUUCGUUUGUGCGUCUUUCGUCUUGAAGCUCUGCCAGGAGAAUUCCUCUUGUCUCGCCUGCGUCCUGUCAGGGUGUUCUCCCAGAAUACACAAGGACAGCCAGGUGUGACGCCACAACAGGACUGGUCUUUCUCGAUACGGAAAACGAGUCUUUCUGCAUCUACAGAUAUAUCGGUAUACAUAGAGAUCUAUAUCUACGUCCAUAGAUAUAUCGACACACGUGCCCGCGCCCACACCCCCACCCGCACACAUCCACGGCCUAUCCGUAUCGACCACGGACCCGCCGGUGAGCGCGACCACGGCAGACACGUGUGGAGCCAGGCGCUCUUUCUCCACUCCAAAGCGGGCCCCCGCAAGGAGGAAGCAGCCAGUGGUGGCCUUGGGGAGACGGGCCAUGCGGCGUGAAGACGGACAACAGCGGCCGCCCAGGAGACCCAGUUUCAAAGCUCUAACAAUAUAGAAAACAAACUUCAUUAAAACUGGUGCUUACGGUUUGAUUACCCACAAUUCCACAGUCUCCGUUGAAACCACUCUACUCAUCGUGUAGCGUAUUUGUUUUUUUAGAAAAAGAAAAGGAGAAAAAAGAAAAGGGGGAACGGGUUUGUGACUCCAGCCUGCCUGGGAGUCAGAGACAUCGUCUGCAAACCCCGAUGAUGCCUGAGGGCGGGCUUUUAAUGGGGGGUGGGGGGCAAGGAGACUGAUCUCUCUCUUUUUUAAUAGAACAAAACCAGAAAAAAUUGUGAGCGCCCACCCGGCGGGAGUCGGCUUUAGCUUUUCAAAGCUGCCCCAAGAUGAGAGUUUGUGCCUUUUUUUCAAUGGAUCUGAUGGACUUGGUGUGGCUGAUUUUUCAGAAGUCUGAAGGACAAUGCCUUAAGUUUAAAAGAAAAGAAAAAGCAGGACUCUGGAGCAACUUCCUCUGGCUGACGGAGCCCAGAUCUGCCAGCAAGCCCAGAGCUAGCGGGAGCCUCCGGCCUGUGCUUGCAUUCGGACUGAAGGCGGCCGGCCUUCCUGCCUGCAGCGCCUUGGGAACUCUCUCCUGAGGUGGGGGGCAGGCGGGCAGGGCGUUCCGUUCAGUUCGGUUGGUUUUCUGUUUGUUUUUUUGUGGUUCUAUUUCAUUUCAUUGCUGUUUAAGACAAAUGAAGGGAGUUGCCCCCAAAGUGGCAAACACUGUUGGGUGUUUUGAAGUCUGACAAAUUUAAAACAAUCCAAGGCGUUUUCUUUCCGGCAUUGAUCAUACAACAAUCGAACACAGCCAUUUGGUUGUUGACGCAUGUAGUAGACACACUUGCAGUUUUAAGAUUGGGGUGCUUUUCCCUGAGAGCAGACUAGCAUGAGGUAUUGCUUCAAUUGUAGGUAUAAAUAGAUAUAUAUAUAUAUAUAUAUGUAUGUAUAAUGUAUAUUCCAAAUGUACUCCAAGCUUAGAAACUUGAUUCUUAUGAAAUCUUGAUAAAAUAUUUAUAAUGCAUUUAUAGAAGAAAUAAAAAGGUAAAUAUAAUAAAUGCAGAUUGUAAAAGUCACCUUUUAAAGGUCCCUAGCAAAUGGUUUCCUUGUGAAUUGGACCGGACCGGUGCUGAGGGAAAGAGCAAAUUGGAAAGGCUUCAGAUCGCCAGAACAUUAGCCACUGGGCAACUACCCUCAGUGUUUGCCUUUUAAUUUCAGUUUCUGUUUGUUACCUUGGGUUUCUUUUCUGACAGGCCCUCUGUCCUCCUUUUUCGCACGUACACACGAUGAGUUUGGGGUUCUUUUUUUUUGGGGGGGGGGUUGGUAGCCAGAACUAGAGAUAUUUGUUGUUGAUUUUGUAUCAAUAUUUUCCAAUCCUGAAGAAACCUUGUUUGUGUGGUUUUUACAUUUGUUUUCCAUUGGGCAGUUUUCUGACUGACUAUAAUGAUGUCAGAAGGCCUUUCUUGCCUCGGUCCUUGCUUGUACUUUUUUUUUUUAACUUUUUAAGGUCUCGGUUUUUUAUUAUUAUUGAGGGGGGGGUUGCUUUGAUUUCUGUAGAGUCAGCAUCUUUCCACCAGGCUGAGGAGACAUUACAAUUAGAGUUUGUUUUCAGAAAUGGAGCAUUUAAUGAAAAGCAAGAUCGGCGGGUCUUGCCCGUGGAGCAGUACCCGCCAAGGUCUGUUUCAUAAGUCCUGUUCUCCAAAGGGAGUGAAGGACCUUCCACAUCUUAGCAUCGCAUGGGGGGCCUCCCUCUGUGCUGUUGGCAUGCAGCUCCACUGGGGAAGACUUGUCAACCUUGACAAAUAUCAUUUCUAAACUUCUUCCUUGAAACACCAUCGUGAAGAUAGAAUUUUAACUUUUGUUCUCCAAAGACUGUUGGGGAAAAAAUGCUUUUGAGAAUGGUAAACAGGGGGGCAAGGAGUGUUGAUUUUUUCCUUUUUUUUUUUUUUCUGCCAUCUGGUUUUGACCCUCACUCUGAAGCGCCAGAUGCUAAUUACUGGAGUAUGGGACUACAGGAGACCGAUUGACACGUACUUUUCUUCCCCCCCCCCCCCGAGUCUGUAGAAUAGUACAGUUCGCUUUUCUGGACAACCCGUGUUUUCUUGUUCCUUUUUUUGGUGACACUUGAAGUCACGAUUUUCAUUCCAAAAUUGAUUGAAUUCAGACUUGUGGAAAGAAUUUGAAACUGGGGGGGGGGGAUAGUCCCCUCUACGGAGAAGGGGCAGCCAAGGAAUUUUCUGAGCCUGGUCUAGUUUGCGCUUCAGCUUUUCCGAUCAACACUAACGGCAUGGGAGGAUUUAUUUCUUCAUUUAUCCUCAAGCCUUAGAUUGGCACACAGGAGACUGAGAAGGGCAAGGUUUGGAUGCAAGACCCCCUUAAUCUCUGUAGGUCUGCCAUCUCAUCUGGCCUCUUGGGGUUGUUCAGACAGGGUUGGUUUUCUGUUGAGGUUUUAGGUUUUUAGGUUGGGGAGGGGGGCCGAGGGAAGGAAGGGAUCAUUUUUUCUCCGCUGCCCUGGCAGCAUAGACAUGGGCACGGGCACCCCCGUUUAUCCCUUCUCUCAGACUUUUCCAAGCUGUCUUCUGGAGCACAGCAUUCAGUGUCAGCAGCAGGGGGAGUGUUUGGGGGGUUCCCUCUUCACUGCAAGCAGUUAUUGGACAGAAAGAAGAGUUGUUUGUCAUUUUUACAAGGUGCUGGGGUAACCGGGACCUUUCUGUGGCCCAGUUAUCAUGUUUGGACUUUACCCUAUUUACUGCAUGUUGCAAAGACUCAUCAAGUGAAAUCUCCUUUGGUUUAAUCAGCCUUCUUUGGCCCCAGGCAUUCUGCAUAAAGCAUUGACUGUUUCACUUUGGUUUUUUUUUGUUUGGCUGGGGAGGCCCCGCACUUGGCCUUUCCGCAGCGGGGUGGUGGGGCUCCCCUUCUCCCACUGCUGGCCCAUGGAUGGAGCUUCCUUUAGCUCUCCGUUCUCAUGCUGACCCCAGGGGGGAUACUUUCUUCACCCCAUUUCUCACUUGCACCUUUGCCGAGGCUACUGGGGCAUUUUUCAAAUGUUGAUCCACAGGGUCGGUGAGUGAGCACUUUACUGGCCCCCGGGGAGAGGGUGGGGGUCAUUGUUGGCACUCCUGGAGCAGCUCGGGUGGCGUGUGGCCACUAUCCCCAUCUGUCCCUUUUCAUCCUCCCACCCCAAAGCCCAAGCAUCUCUGACCCUCCAGGAUGUGCCUGAGCUCCACCAGCCGAAGCCCUAAGGCUGCUCCCCCAACCUGCAGAACCUGGCGGGCGGGCCAGAGACCCCAUUUCUACCCAUUUGGGGCCUAUCAGUGGCUGCUCCCCCCACAUUGGUGUUCAGUGGGCCCUGGUUUGAAAGGGCCUCUUGUCAAAGCCAUUCUGUUUCUCCCAUUUCUUAACUUUUAUCUCUCUAUCUGUUUGGAGAAGGAGGCUGGUGGUUUCUUUUUUUCAGUGGUCUUAGACCCAGAAUCUGCAAGGGGAAGGUUUGCAGGACCCCACAGCCCCUGCUGGGGAGGUGCUGGGUUGGGGGGGUUGUUUUUCAGUUUUGUUUUUAUUUUCGAUAUAGAACAUUCCUUUGUAUUCGUCACAGUCAUGUAUUCAUUCCAUUCUGCUUUUUGUAAACUUUGGGGCCCAAGUGUUUUAUGGGCAUUGAUAUAUAUAUAAAUAUAUAUAAAUAUAUAUGAAUAUAUUUUUUUAAGUUUCCUACACCUUGAGGUUGCAUGGUCUGUAAGGUUGGCAUGUCUUUCUAUUGUAUACAGAUUUUGCACGCCAAACUUGGCAGCUUUGGGGGGAAAAACAAAAAAACAAAAAAACCUGUUUUUCCCCCCUCUCAUGGCAUUUGCAGAUUUUUUAAAAGGUGGGACAUUUUCUGUAAAGCAAAAUAUGGAAGGAGAGUGGGGAGGGGGGAAGUUUGCGUCUUACUGAACUUACUCUGAAGAAUUUGUGCUUUUUAUCGUAAGAGAAAUAAAAGGACUGCUCAGACCUUUGUCAUUUUAAGGAAAAAGUUUAUUGAGCACUUGUGACCUACCAAUCAUAGAGUUUAUUGUAUUUAUGUGGAAACAGUGUUUUGGAGAAACUUCACCGCAGCCAAGUGCAAAGUGGAAACUGCCUGGGUCUCUUCAAAGAUUUUUUUGUUCCUGGGGUAGGGGGGAGGGAGAGACACGGUUUUUGUUUGUUUAGGUUCAUUUCCUUUCUGGGGGUGAGUGAAUGCAACCCUUUCUCGAAGACUGUGCUUUGUUUAGAUGAAAAACCUGAUGUGGAGCCAAAAGAGUUAACUUCUCAGCCUCCACUCCUUUUUUUAAAGUGACUUUCAGAUGAUAGUAUCCAUCGAUCUCACGUUCUGAUAAAGUCUUGGACUGUGUGAGCAACACUGUGGUUUAAACAAAUAUUCUAUCGAGUGCAUUGAAAGGAAACCCAAAGUUUCUUCCUUGUUCUGAAGCCAUGUCUUUGGAGGCGGGUGACCCUUUGUCUUUGAUGUUGAUUUAAAAAGUUUCCUAUCAAAAGAAAAAGAAAUCUAACAGUUUUGUGUGUGUGCUCCAUAGUGGAGGCGAUAUUUUCCAUUUAUGGAGAUGACAAACUUAUAUAUAUAUACAUAUACAUAUAUAUGUAUAUAUAUAUAUAAUAUAUAUAUAAAAGGGGGGUCGAAGCAUUAUUCGCCCGAGAGCUUAUUACAGAUAUAUAGUAUCCAAAGCUGUAACUAUAUUAUAUUCUCCUUUCUCCCUAUCCGUGCUCAGAAUGACGUCACCAUUGGUAGCAGCUACCGCUUUCUUCCGCCCUCCAGACACAGCCUCCCUCCCAAUUGUACGAAAUCUACUCCCAGGAAGGGCAGCAGCGUUGUCUGUGCCGACCUCUGCCAUGGACCCGGAGGUCUGGCUGUCUGUCUGUCUUUCUUUUUCUUUCUUUUCUUUCCUUUUUUUCCUCCCUGUUUUUUCCCAUUCUGUUGUUUCUUCACUCUCAUCCUGGUUUCCUUCUGGUUCAUUCCCCCCACCAGCCAAUGGUGGCUUUCUCUGGCAGUACCGACUUCUAUGGAACUUUCUUAGGAGUCCAGUAUUUUGUGCCACAUUAUGACAGCUUGUUAUUCUUGUGGUGUAAAUAAAAAGAAAAAAAAAAGCUC